AUGAAACCAUAUAGUUCAUUUAGUUCUGUUUUUUCAAAGCAAUAUUUGGGUACACAAAGUGUAAAAGCAAAAAAUCCCACAAUAUAUUCUUUUGAAGAAGAAAAACAAAAUGAAAAUAUAAGUUUGUUAAAAAUUUUAUGUUCUAAGCGUUUGGUUCUUCCAAUACUUGGAAUGCUAUAUAUCAUUUUAAAUUGUAAUAUUGGAUAUAAUGGAAGUUCAUGUUCUGGCAUAAAAUGUACUGACAGAUGCUCAAGAAAUUUAUAUGGAGAACAAUUACCAUUAAACCCAUAUGCUGACACUGAAAACCCAAUAGUUGUAAGUCAAGUAUUUGGUUUACCCACGGAAAAAUCAACUUUUACCUUUGAAGGUAAUCCUGAUAUUGAUCAUACAAAUAUUUUGGGAUUUAAUGAUAAGUUGAUGACUGAUGUAAAUAGAUAUAAAUUUAAUAAUAACUAUGAAUCCAUUCCUCAUACAAAGGAGUUCAAUCCACUUAUUGUAGAUAAAACUCUUUUAGACUAUAACCAAAGGGUUGAUACCAUAGGAAGUAAUGGAGAAGAUAUUAUAAAAGCAAUGCAAACUUUAUGGGAUGAAAUAAUGGAUAUUAAUAGAAAAAAAUAUGCAUUUCUAAAAAAAAAAUUAGAGAACACUUACAGUCAAUACCAGUCUCAAUAUGAUAUGCCAAAAGAAAAGUAUUUAAAUCUUGAAGAAUAUAGAAGAUUGACUGUUUUGAACCAAAUCGCUUGGAAAGCUUUAUCCAACCAAAUUCAAUAUUCUUGCAGAAAAAUUAUAAAUAGUGACCUUUCUUCUUUUAAACAUAUAGUGAAUUGA